CCAUGUCUUCCAGGACUCCCGCCUCGUCCUUUCGUGCUGGAGACUUUCCGCAAUAUGGGCACGCUCACGAGCAGCCGCAAAAGCAGCCGCCUCCCUCGCAUGGUCUAUGGUCUAACGAUCGACCAGAAAGCCAUGCGUAGCUUCAGCCUCGCCAAUGACCCGCCGUGGAUUCCUCCCACUAACCUCUCUGCCGAGGAACUGGAGGAAUGGUGGAUGUGGCGGUCGCCAACGCUGUGGCUGCAUGUCAUCACGUACUGUACCUCCGAGUUCCAGCUGCCAGCAGUCAAUGGCCUGACAUUCGUCUGGGAUGGGGACGAGCGCAAGCCGGUGGUCCCUCUCGUCGAUAGCUACGAGACCACUGCUAUCCCGUCGGAUGAGGAGGUGGCGGAGGUGGCCAAGUAUAUGCACCAGGAGGGUCAGCGCGCCAAAUGGUAUCAGGUCACUUUUGCCUGAUAGCGGGCUUUCUCUUGCCCAGUUGCUGGCGCUGUUCGUCAUGUCAUCAACCCAACGUGUUUAGUCUCGCUUCCCAAAACCCACUGCAAUUUCGUCUUUAUGUUGCCAAGUGUGCUGUCUCGUUCUACGCUAUGGUUGUACGUCGCUGUUUCGGGUCGAUCUUCGGACCAUGCAUGAAAAAAUAUGUUCGGUCA